AUGCCCGCCUUCGGCCACUGCGCGUCCGCCGUGCCUAGCCCGACGGCGGUGGCCUCGGCCUUCUCGUCUGCCGUCGCCUCGGCUGCGUCCUCGGCCUUCUCAUCCGGCGUCGCCUCGGCUGCGUCCUCGGCCUUCUCAUCCGGCGUCGCCUCGGCUGCGUCCUCGGCCUUCUCAUCCGGCGUCGCCUCGGCUGCGUCCUCGGCCUUCUCAUCCGGCGUCGCCUCGGCUGCGUCCUCGGCCUUCUCAUCCGGCGUCGCCUCGGCUGCGUCCUCGGCCUUCUCAUCCGGCGUCGCCUCGGCUGCGUCCUCGGCCUUCUCGCCCGCCGUCGCCGCGUCCUCGCUCGUGAGCUGCUCGCCGCUUCUCAUGCCCACCCUCGUGCUCAUCCUCCUCGCCAUCGCCUGCGGCGCCUCCUGGCCGACCGCGGCGAGCGGAAAGGGGGCUCGCGGCGCGGCGCAUAGCUGCUUGGUCCUGCUUUGCGCCUUUGAUAUGCUUUCUCCUUGCGAGGCUCAGUUUUCGCCACGAGCUUUUCAGCGCGGGUUUCCGGGUACGGAUGGGCGACAUUACGCUAGUCGUUACGCCUUUGCCGCGGUCAAGGCGGACGGUGCCGUCACCGCGUGGGGCAGCUCUUCGUACGGCGGCAGCGGCGCGCCGACCGACACCGGCUACACCGCCAUCUACUCGACUCAGCGCGCCUUUGCCGCGGUCAAGGCGGACGGCGCCGUCACCGCGUGGGGCGACUCUUCGUACGGCGGCAGCGGCGCGCCGACCGACACCGGCUACACCGCCAUCUACUCGACUUACUACGCCUUUGCCGCGCUCAAGGCGGACGGCGCCGUCACCGCGUGGGGCAGCUCUUCGUGGGGCGGCAGCGGCGCGCCGACCGACACCGGCUACACCGCCAUCUACUCGACUUACUACGCCUUUGCCGCGCUCAAGGCGGACGGCUCCGUCACCGCGUGGGGCGACUCUUCGUACGGCGGCAGCGGCGCGCCGACCGACACCGGCUACACCGCCAUCUACUCGACUCUCUACGCCUUUGCCGCGCUCAAGGCGGACGGCUCCGUCACCGCGUGGGGCCUCUCUUCGUUCGGCGGCAGCGGCGCGCCGACCGACACCGGCUACAUCGCCAUCUACUCGACGGGGCACGCCUUUGCCGCGGUCAAGGCGGACGGCUCCGUCACCGCGUGGGGCUGGUCUUCGUACGGCGGCAGCGGCGCGCCGACCGACACCGGCUACACCGCCAUCUACUCGACUUGGUACGCCUUUGCCGCGGUCAAGGCGGACGGCUCCGUCACCGCGUGGGGCGGCUCUUCGACGGGCGGCAGCGGCGCGCCGACCGACACCGGCUACACCGCCAUCUACUCGACUUGUUGCGCCUUUGCCGCGGUCAAGGCGGACGGCGCCGUCACCGCGUGGGGCGACUCUUCGAGGGGCGGCAGCGGCGCGCCGACCGACACCGGCUACACACUUUCUGAUUGGACAUCCUUCGACAUGCACAGCAGGCCCAUGCCGCCGCCUCCCUCCGCCUUGCCUGCGCCGCCUCCGUCC